CGCUCGCUCCCUCCCUCCUCCCGCGGCGGCAGUAGGAGAAGGCGGCGGCGACGGCUGGGGAUCAGACAUGGCGGCGGAUCUGAACCUGGAGUGGAUCUGCUCCCUGCCCCGGUCCUGGACUUACGGGAUCACCAGGGGCGGCCGAGUCUUCUUCAUCAACGAGGAGGCGAAGAGCACCACCUGGCUGCACCCCGUCACCGGCGAGGCCGUGGUCACCGGACACCGGCGGCACAGCACAGAUUUGCCUACUGGCUGGGAAGAAGCAUAUACUUUUGAAGGUGCAAGAUACUAUAUAAACCAUAAUGAAAGGAAAGUGACCUGUAAACAUCCAGUCACAGGACAGCCAUCACAGGACAAUUGUAUUUUUGUAGUGAAUGAACAGACUGUUCCAACUAUGACAUCUGAAGAAAAGAAGGAACGACCUAUAAGCAUGAUAAAUGAAGCUUCUAACUAUAACAUGACUUCAGAUUAUGCAGUGCAUCCAAUGAGCCCUGUAGGAAGAACCUCACGGGCUUCAAAAAAAGUUCAUAAUUUUGGAAAGAGAUCAAAUUCAAUUAAAAGGAAUCCUAAUGCACCUGUGGUUAGACGAGGUUGGCUUUAUAAGCAGGACAGUACUGGCAUGAAGCUAUGGAAGAAACGCUGGUUCGUGCUUUCUGACCUUUGUCUUUUUUAUUACAGAGAUGAGAAAGAAGAGGGUAUCUUGGGAAGCAUACUACUACCUAGUUUUCAGAUAGCUAUGCUUACCUCUGAGGAUCACAUUAAUCGUAAAUAUGCUUUUAAGGCAGCACAUCCAAACAUGCGGACCUAUUAUUUCUGCACUGAUACAGGGAAGGAGAUGGAAUUGUGGAUGAAAGCCAUGUUAGAUGCUGCCCUGGUACAGACAGAACCUGUGAAAAGAGUGGACAAGAUUACAUCUGAAAAUGCACCAGCUAAAGAAAUGAAUAACUUUCCCAACCAUAGAGUGCUAAUUAAACCAGAGGUCCAAAAUAACCAGAAAAACAAGGAAAUAAGCAAAAAUGAAGAAAAAAAGGCAUUAGAAGCUGAAAAAUAUGGAUUUCAGAAGGAUGGUCAAGAAAGACCUUUAACAAAAAUUAAUAGUGUAAAGUUGAAUUCUGUGCCAUCUGAAUAUGACAAUGGGUCAACAUGCUUGGCUCAAACUGGACACUACAGGCCAAUCAGUGUGAAUAGUUCAGAGAACAAAACAGUUAAUGUUAGCCUGGCAGAUCUUAGAGGUGGAAAUCACCCAAAUAUAGGGCCUGUACACACAGAGGCUGAUCGAGUAAUACAGAGAACCAAUUCAAUGCAACAGUUGGAACAGUGGAUUAAAAUCCAGAAGGGGAGGGGUCAUGAAGAGGAAACCAGGGGAGUAAUUUCUUAUCAAACAUUACCAAGAAAUAUGCCAAGCCACAGAGCCCAGAUUGUGGCCCGCUAUCCUGAAGGUUAUAGAACACUCCCAAGAAACAGCAAGACCAGGCCUGAAAGCAUCUGCAGUGUGGCCCCUUCCACUCAUGAUAAAACAGUAGGACCUGGAGCAGAAGAGAAACGAAGAUCAAUGAGAGAUGACACAAUGUGGCAGCUCUACGAAUGGCAGCAGCGUCAGUUUUAUAAUAAACAGAGCACCCUCCCUCGUCACGGCACACUGACCAGUCCUAAAACCAUGGUUAAUAUUUCUGACCAGACAAUGCACUCUAUUCCCACAUCACCCUCCCAUGGGUCAAUAGCUGCUUAUCAGGGAUACUCCCCUCAACGAACCUACAGAUCAGAAGUGUCUUCACCAAUUCAGAGAGGAGAUGUGACAAUAGACCGCAGGCACAGGACCCAUCACCCUAAGCAUGUUUAUGUGCCUGACAGGAGGUCAAUGCCCGCUGGCCUAACUUUACAGUCUGUUAGUCCCCAGAGUCUCCAAGGCAAAACGCCAGAGGAGCUUACGCUGCUGCUAAUAAAGCUGAGACGGCAGCAAGCUGAACUGAGUAGUAUCCGGGAGCAUACGUUAGCACAGCUCAUGCAGCUAAAACUUGAGGCCCACAGCCCAAAGAAUGAAAUUCUUUCACAUCAUCUUCAAAGGAACACCAUAUAUUUGGAUCAUCAGAUGAAAGAAAAUGAACCUAUUAUCAACAUGGUUCACACAAUGAUUGAGAACUCGGCGCUAAGACCCCAACUGUACCAGCAACUAUCACAAGAUGAAUGCAGAGGCACAUUAUACAAAUACAGACCUGAAGAAGUAGAUAUCGAUGCCAAGUUAAGCCGUCUAUGUGAACAAGAUAAAGUGGUACAUGCUCUGGAAGAGAAACUUCAGCAGCUCCACAAGGAGAAAUAUACGCUUGAGCAAGCUUUGCUGUCAGCCAGCCAAGAGAUAGAAAUGAACGCAGAUAACCCAGCAGCCAUUCAGACCGUGGUGUUACAGAGGGAUGAUUUACAAAAUGGACUGCUUAGUACAUGUCGAGAGCUCUCUCGAGCCACUGCUGAACUGGAACGAGCAUGGAGAGAAUAUGAUAAGUUAGAAUAUGAUGUAACCAUUACCAGGAACCAGAUGCAAGAGCAGCUAGAUCACCUUGGUGAAGUUCAGGUACUAAAGUGUAAUGUUUUCACAUUGUUUAAACAGAUUUUGACUGGUACUGUACAACCAAAUUUUCAGGCCAGACGUGCACAGAUUCAGAAAGAACUUUGGAGAAUUCAAGAUGUCAUGGAAGGAUUGAGUAAGCACAAACAGCAAAGAGGCACUACAGAAACAGGUAUGGCAGUAUCAAAGUCUUUCUCAACAGUUAAGUCCAAAAAUGAGGAAGAGGAAGUAGUCCCACCUCGUCCUCCACUUCCUCGGUCCUAUGACUUUACAGAGCAGCCUCCCAUAAUCCCCCCUCUGCCCAGUGAUAGCAGCUCCUUGCUCUGUUAUAGCAGGGGCCCAGUCCAUCUGCCUGAAGAAAAGAAGAUUCAUCAAGUUCAAGGAUAUACAAGAAAUGGAUCUCACUGUGGUCCAGAUUAUAGACUCUACAAGAGUGAACCAGAGUUAACAACAGUGGCAGAAGUUGAUGAAUCUAAUGGAGAAGAAAAAACAGAACCUGUUUCAGAAAUGGAAACUUCAGUUAAAGGUUCCCACUUUCCUGUUGGAGUAGUCCCUCCAAGAACAAAAUCACCAACACCUGAAUCUUCAACAAUAGCCUCAUAUGUAACCUUAAGGAAAACUAAGAAGAUAAUGGAUUCAAGAACGGAGAGACCAAGAAGUGCAGUGGAUCAGCUCUGUUUAGCUGAAAGUACUCGACCUAGAAUGACGGUGGAAGAACAAAUGGAAAGAAUAAGGAGACAUCAACAAGCCUGCUUAAGGGAAAAGAAAAAAGGAUUAAAUGUUAUUGGUGCUUUAGACCAGUCACCUUUACAAAGUCCUUCAAGUUUAAAGGAUAAUUUAUUCAGGAUUACCCAGACUCGAAGGAAAGAUGACAACAUUAAGGAACUAGACCCUGUCAUUAGAGAAAAUGACGUAAAACCAAACCAUGAAACUCCUGCGGCAGAAAUCGUUCGACUAAAAGAAGCUGAACCUCAAAAUACGGAUUUCAGCAAAGAGUUAAAAAAAACUGAAAAUGUUUUUUACGAAACACAUUUCAAACCUGAGCCAAAUGGAGUAAAUUCUGAGGAAGUGAUGGAUAAAGAAAGAAACAAAGAAAAAAUACCUGAGGCUGUUUCAUACAGCCCUCAAGAUGAAACACAGAUCACAAAUCAUAAAUCAGAAGGCCACUCUGAAGAAGAUACAAAGGACAGUAUUCAUGAGCAGGAAGAAAGUGUUGUUUCUUAUGAACUAACUCCUGAGGCUUCUAGAGGGAACCAAACAAUGGCAGUGAAAAGUCUGUCCUCGUCGCCUGAGUCCUCAGCAUCACCGGUUCCAUCCACUCAGCCGCAGCUCACAGAAGGAUCACAUUUCAUGUGUGUGUAGUCUCAGAACUAUACUGACUUCUGUUGAAACCAUUCAAACUUAAGGACAUGACCUUCAGCAAUGUGAGAAGAUAUUGUACAGUAUAUUUUAAAUCUAUGAAAUUCAUAGUUCUGAUGCUUUUGGCCACAGAGCAUCACUUUAUCACUUCUGGAAAAUGUUUAUUCCAAAACAGCUUUAAUGGCUCAUAUGUACACUCUGUAAUCUCAAGGUUAUUAUUCUGACACCAGCUUGCUGCUAUGAUUUCAGAGCACAUAAGUAAAGGUGCUUUUUCCUGUGCGGUCUCAGCCAGAGCUUACAUAGUUGCUGAUAUCCAGAUUUUGAUGUUUCUAAAGUCUAGGUGGAGUUAUAUUUUUUCUUUUCAGUACAUCAAUUUAGUUAUUUCCAAUGAAGCUUGUUUUCCCUUUUUUUUCCUCUUUGUUCCCAUUUCGGCUACUGCAAUGCUUUGUUUCACACUUGAUUUGUAAAAAUUUUAU